AUGGAGCCUCCGUACUUCCCCCCUCUUCCGAUCGUCUACUCGAAGUUCGCCGGAUGUAUGCAAGCGUAUGGUGGUGAACCAUCUCAACAUGGAGCCAGUCAACCUCGUAUUUGGUCAAAUACCGUAGCGUUCUUCAAACGCUUUCCUUGGAAAUACUAA